GGCGGGCAAGGCGGGGCAUUGUACGUGGACACGGGGCAUCUGCAAGUGCUCAACUGCCUCUUUCUCCGCAACGGAGACCACUCUGAAUGCUCCCUGGGUGGCGCUAUGACAUCGCGAGCACGAACGGUAGUAGACAACUGCACGUUUUUGGACAAUAAAGCACAAGACCAGGGCGGAGCGCUGCACUUCCUGCCUUACGAAACCCUCAACGUCUCUCGCUCGCGCUUCCAAGGAAACUCCGUGCUCAAGCAGAACGGCGGGGCUAUUCACGUGCUCGGGGUGAGUUGGAGCUCCGUGGUCUACGGGAAUGGCGGGGCUAUUCACAUGCUCGGGGGCAUGGGGGCGGACACGGGGGCGGGCACGGGGGCGGUGCGGGUAGAGAGCAGCACAUUCGUGGGCAACAGGGCAGAGCGGUCCAAGGGAGGCGCCCUGUACAGCGAGUCGGUGUCUGUCACCUUCGAUAAUGUCACUCUGGACGGGAACACGGCGGCACUGCAGGGAGGCGCGGUGGCUGGUGAGUGGAUGCACGGUAGUGCUUUAUGGCAAGUAUCUCAAGCGUCUGGUCUUAUUUUGGAUGCCAACAUGGCGCCGAUGGCGCUGCAGGGAGGAGCGGCGCGGUGGCAGUCUAUGCCUCUCUCCCCUCCUCCCCCAUGCAGUCUAUGCCUCUCUCCCCUCCUCCCCCAUGCAGUCUAUGCCUCUCUCCCCUCCUCCCCCAUGCAGUCUAUGCCUCUCUCCCCUCCUCCCCCAUGCAGUCUAUGCCUCUCUCCCCUCCUCCCCCAUGCAGUCUAUGCCUCUCUCCCCUCCUCCCCCAUGCAGUCUAUGCCUCUCUCCCCUCCUCCCCCAAGCAGUCUAUGCCUCUCUCCCCUCCUCCCCCAUGCAGUCUAUGCCUCUCUCCCCUCCUCCCCCAUGCAGUCUAUGCCUCUCUCCCCUCCUCCCCCAAGCAGUCUAUGCCUCUCUCCCCUCCUCCCCCAUGCAGUCUAUGCCUCUCUCCCCUCCUCCCCCAUGCAGUCUAUGCAUCCAGCAGCGACAGCCUGCAUACAGAAGCGCUCUUCAAAGCAUGCUGCUUCGAGUUUUUUGAGACGUCUCAAAACUUUCCCACACAUUCCCCCUCUCCCCUCCUCCCCCGUUCCAGUCUAUGCAUCCAGCAGUGACGGCUUGCCAACCGAAGCACUCUUCAAGUCAUGCCGCUUCGUGCGCAACGAGGCGGUGCUUGGGGGAGGUGCUAUCUACACGGGGCUGGGCAUGCACACGCGCGUGCACGCGUGUGAGGUGGAGGAAAACAACAGCACGGGGCUGGGCGGUGCUGUGCUCGUGCAGGAGUUUUCCCGGGUUGAGAUGACUCGCACGCGCUGUCAUGGGAACAUCCCUGACUGGCUGUGCCUGCCUCUCCCUCCUCGCCAACGCCCAUGCCACAGUGGCACCUGCCUCUCCCUCCUCGCCAACGCCCAUGCCACAGUCACCGACUCAGUCCUUCAAGCCAACCACCACGGCACCUGUGGCGCCUGCCUCUCCCUCCUCGCCAACGCACACGCCACGGUCACCAACUCAAUCCUUUCAGCCAACCAGGGCACCAGCGAGGGGGGAGCAGCGCGUGUCAGCGGCAGCGCGCACCUCUCCCUCCUCUCCUCCUCCAUCCUCCAAAACACCGCAGCCUGGGGCGGCGCCGUCUGGGUGGAAAUGGGCGCUUCUUUGCUCAUCUCAAACAACUCAAAGCUGGAAGGGAACGAGGCGAGGUAUCUGGGCGGGACGGUGUAUGCGACGCACGUGUCCCGGGUGGAAGUGCAAGGCGGGAGUGUGUUUCGGGGAAACUCGGCCCUGCAUGGAGGUGCUAUGGUUGUAGAGGCAGAGGCGAGAGUCACAGCAGCCGAUUCUACGUUUGAAAACAACACCUUUUCAGGGAUUUUAUUCCAAGGGUUUUCCCAGGGGGUUCUGCGGAACUGUAGCUUCAUGCGGAAUUCCAACGCGGCUGGGCGGGGUGGCGCGGUGCUGGUUGGAGACAAGACGACCGUCGCCGUCCACUCUUGCAGCUUUUCCGGGAACUGGGCGGCGCUGGGUGGCGCGGUGAGCACCGAAGGCAGCCCGUACCUCACAAUCAACGGCUCAGAUUUCACGAGGAACAUCGCGCAGAUCGGCGCAGGGGUUGCCCUAGCAGGCGCCACCGCUUUCACCAUGGGAGAGUCUGUGUUUACUAAGAAUAAUGCGACUAAGGCGGGAGGGGGAGUGGCUGUACUGGAGCAGGUGGAGGGGGAGAUCUCAGGGUCGAGAUUUGAGGGGAACUAUGCGGUGGUGGGCGGUGCAGGGGUGUACUUGAUGCGAUCUGCUGCUGCUACUGCUGCAGCAGCAGGUGGUAACAGGCCUCCUAGGGUGCGACUGCAAGGCCUGCUGUUUGAUGGCAACAGUGCCAUGGACGCCCAUGGAGUGGCCUUCUUCGAUGCUUCCUACAGCCCCCACCUGCGCUCCGCCUGCCAGGCCUGCCAGAUGGUGCAGCAGGGGGACACGGAAGGCAGCAUGCCGGCGGACUUUUAUCUCAAAUGGCCUGGGGCGGCAAUGUCGUCGCAGGAGACAGGUGGCAGAUUCUCAGUGGUGGGCUCGGUGGGCUCCAUGCUGACGGGGCUGCAGGUGGUGGUGGUGGACGAGUUUGGGAACAUCGUGUCCAAGGACAACUCCGCUCUGGCCCGAGUCUCCCCUGACAGCCGCAUCAGUGGUUCCUUACGGGGCACCUCUCAGGGCGGCAUCAUCACAGUGCCGCCCAUUGCCGUCCGCGUGCCCCCGGGCGGCGCGCUACAGCCGAUAGCUCUCACCGUCACCGUCUCCUCCACCACCAACGCCUUCCCGGACUUCUCCCACCCCUUCAACAUUUCCUUCUGCCCGGCCGGGCAGUAUUUUGACGGCGAAAGCUUCAGCUGCCAGGACUGCCCCGUGGGCCACUGUCCCCCGUUGCCUCCUCGAUUCCCCUCUUCUCCCUCCCUCUCACCUCAGGUGUGCGCCAGGCCAGGGCAUGGAGACGUGUCCAGACCGUGUGCACCAGGCCAGGGCAUGGAAACGUGUCCAGACGGCACCUUCACUUUCUUCCCCAACGCAGUGUCACAGGAGCAGUGCACGGCGUGUGACGACGACAGCUUGGACUGCCGCUAUGGCACGCUGGAGAUCUCAUACCAGAACUGGCUGGACCCAGCGUCUCUCAACUCCACGCCCACCACCUAUGCGUGCCUGCUCACUGAGGGAUGCUCUGGCACCACCUACACGGGCCCCAACACCACGCAGUGUGCCGUGGGAUACAACAACACCGUGCCGUGA